CUCCACUUUAACUAUAUAUUGGAUUAUGUCGAGCAGAACUGACUGAUCUGCAGCAUAAACCAGUUCCACACACACUGUGUCAGAUGACCCCCAAACCCUCUAAAUGUUGGUAUGAAUACCACGACUGUCAGCCGGGACCCGCUGUAUGUAGCAAUCUUAAAGAAUGUGAUCACUGUUGUCCUCUCUCUUGCUAUUAUCUACGUUAAUGGGACUCUGGUUCAUACAUUCAGAAAACAUCAGGUUUUCCACACAAAUUCUCGUUACAUCCUGUACAUCCACAUGGUAAUCAACGAUAUCUUCAUGCUGGCAUUGAUGAUCCUCCUCCAAGUCCUUAGUUACAUUUUGUUCACACUCAAUAUCUCAUUUUGCAUCAUCAUGCUCAUGCUUGCCAUAUCUACAGGUCUAAACAAUUCCUUAACUCUUGCUGCCAUGGCUCUAGAGUGCUACCUGGCCAUAUGCUUCCCUCUCCGCCACCCUCAGAUCUGCACGGUCAGGAAAACUUACAUUGUGAUCACUGUGAUAUGGGUCCUAAGUUUAUUGACAAUCUUACCAGAUCUGUUCAUAAUUAUUGCCACAAAACCUGCAGAAUACUUUCAUUCCAGGAUYUUYUGCUURUKGGCUAAYRUUUUUACAGACCCGAUCCUUACAAAGAAGAAAGAUGUAACCAACAUUUUGUUUCUAGUCAUUGUUUGGCUCAUUCUUUUUUAUGCAUACUUUAAAAUAUUUUUUGCUGCACAGGCUGCUUCAGUAAAUGCAAAGAAAGCAAGGAACACUGUCCUACUUCAUGGGUUUCAGCUGUUGUUAUGCAUGCUAGGCUAUAUUCGCAGUAUAUCAACAGAUGGCUUGUCAAUUUUGUUUCCAAAAGAUACUCUAGCCAUUCGGUAUGUAAUUGCACUGUUGAUUGAGGUUAUGCCAAGGCUCAUCAGUCCGAUGGUUUAUGGCAUAAGGGACAAGAUGUUCAGGGAACACCUAAAACGAUAUCUGUUACCUUUAAAUGCAGCCGUUCAUCCAAAAAAGGUACAAAAAAGGACAAUAUAAAGUAUUUUUUUUCAAUUCCCAGGAUAGUUUUUAGGGAGCCAUUCUUUAUUGCUUCUUCUUCUAUGACAUCUAAAAGGGUGAAAUUGUGGCUACCUUAGUAGAAGUCUACCCCAAAAAAUGGCCCUAUUAACAUAUCGACAGCGGUACUGUCGAUAUGACAUCAAAGAACGGUACGGCUUUU